GGUUUUCUCGGCAUUCCCUAGAUGCAUGCCCAAAACCCGAAACCAUAAAGCUAGGAUAAAUUUUCAUUUUGUUGCCCUCUUUUUCUUGUCUUCAUCAGAAAUCAGAAUUCAAGAUCAUCCAUGGCAACGAUUCUCAAUGCCGUAAUAUCUCAAUUUCCCAUCUCAAAACCGUCUCUUUGUUUCCAGUUCCACAACUGCAACCACAACCACGUCUCUCUCCCAUCAAAACUAUCAUUUAAAUCGGUUAAUAUUACUACUCGAACCCAUAAGAAUCCAUCCUCCAUAAAAUGUUCAAUUUUUGAUAAGACAAUUGAGGGCCUACGUGCCUCUGGAAGAGGAUAUGAUUCUUACGGUAUAUUGAGGUAAGGCACAGACCGGGGAAUUUCAGACUGGAUUCACGGCUGUCAUGUGGUGUCCCCGAAUGAAGUGCCUGGGAAAAAGGGCGACGAUGUAUUAUCCAAGCUUCGAAAUGUGAUCUCGAGCCUCAUGAUUGAAGAACGUUACCAAGAUGCUCUUGAGGUCCACCAGCGGAUAAAUAAGUGGAAAGAGAGUGACAAAAUGACACCGGAGGACACUGCUAGGCAGUUGUAUUUGAUUGCAAGAGUACAUGGAGUUCCAAGUGCUGAAAAAUACUUCCUGAAAUUGCCAGAUGCCAUGAAGGACAACAGAACGUAUAAUGCUCUCUUGAUUAGGUAUGUGGUUGCUGGAAUGAAGAUGAAUGCUGAAUCCUUAUUUCAUAAAAUGAGAAAUGCAGGUUAUGCUAGUGAUGAGGAUUCAUUCUAUCCAAUGCUGAAAUUAUACAAGGACCUCAAGCAUAAUGACAAGGUCGAGUUACUGAUCUCAACAAUGAUAGAGGAAAACAUACAAUUAGGAGGCCGUUCCUACAGUAUUUGGCUGUGGUCCUGUCAAUCUCAAGAAUCUUUGGAUAAAAUAUUCAAACAUGUGCAACGGGAGACCCCCGGUUUCCCUUUUCAUCAAUUCUACAAAAUAGCUUUAAUGUACAACGAGUUGGGGCAGCUUGAAAAGGUUCGGGACUGUUUGAACGAAAUUGAGAGUAGAAUAACGUGGAAUGUAGAUUGCUUGGAUUAUGAUUACAUGAUUCUCAUGGAUGUCUGCUGUAGCCUUGGCAACAGACGCGAGCUUAACCGAUUGUGGGAAACUUACAAGUCUGUCUUGUCCAAAGACUCUACUAAUGGCUACAUGACAUUAAUUAAAUGUCUAUUUACAAUGGGUGAUAUUGAAGACGCUGAAAAGAUGUACGACGAAUGGUUUUCCAGACCUGAUGAUUAUGAUUCUGAUUCUGAUUCUGAUUCUGAUUGCGUACCUUUUGAGGAGCCUGGUCUUAAAAAAAGAAAUUAUCUAUUGUAUUGUUAUGCAAGGAAAGGGCUUUUUAAAGAAGCUGAGACAUUCUUCAACCAAAUGAUUGAAGCGGGAAUAAAACCGAGUCCGGAUACAUGGCAGAUUCUUGCCAAUAUCCACACCCAAGAGAGGAGGAUUUCUAAGGCUUUGCCUUGCUUAGGAGAAGCCUUUUUGGCUGGGGGUAAAGGUAGGGAAGGUUGGCAUCCGAAACCUCAAACGGUCACUUCCAUUCUUGAGAUUUGCGAAGAAGAAGCUGAUAUGGCAAGUAAGGAUGCGUUGUUUGAGAUGUUCAAGGAAGCCGAUCUUGAUGAAUCAACUGUCACUUAUUUAGUCACGCCCGUGCCCUACGUUGGACUUUUUUCUUAGAUUAUUUUCUUUUUCCUUUUUAUUUAUUUUUUCCCCAGAAAUUUCAUUUAUAAUGUCAGGGCAAGGUUUUUGGACACCUACAUAUUUCCAGUUUGUCACUAUACAUUCUUACAUCUUCCUAUUUAUUGUCACUAGGCGCGAGGUGUGGCCUUAUUAUUUGGCAGUUAACGGCGUUCGUUGACCGCCAAAGGUGUGGCAAGGCGCGCCUAGGUGCACAUUUUUCAAUAUAUAUAUGAUACCAAAUGGGGAGGUAUGCUGUUU